AUGCAACAACAAGAGACUUUCAAGCCUUUAGUUGAAAGAAUCUUGGCCAAUCCGUUGCGUUUCCAAGCGGCAACAAGACCUGACAGCAUGGAAGUGAACCCAGACUCGUACAUUGUGAUAGGUAACACCAACAGCAGUAGUGAUUUGUCGAACAGCGAUGGCUCCGGCAACGCCGGGGCGACGUCGCCUGAAGUCAAGAGUGCAAAUGCUCCUGGUAAGAAGCAGUGGAAAGCCAUGCCCAGGAGCUUUUCAGAGGCGCUGAGGAUGUAUACCGCCAAAAAACCCACACCUGAAGAUUUAAACCUUAGCGAUGAGAGAUAUGCUAGCUCAAGCGGACAGGAGGACCAUGGCGAGGAGGUCAGUAAUUACUCUAGCGGAUCGGUGAGCGAAGAAGAGUUUCACGAGGCCAAAGAAUUUGCGGAAUCAGAAAACAAUGCACAAAUUGGCGCUCCAGGAAGUGUUCCUGAUGGUGAUCAAGACGAAGACUUAGGCGAAGAGGUCAGCGAAAACGUUGGGGAGGACGUUGGGGAGGACGUUGGGGAGGACGUUGGGGAGGACGUUGGGGAGGACGUUGGGGAGGACGUUGGGGAGGACGUUGGGGAGGACGUUGGGGAGGACGUUGGGGAGGACGUUGGGGAGGACGUUGGUGAGGACGUUGGAGAGAAUCUAGACGAUGCUAUUAGCGAGGACGAGGAUGAUUAUAUUAACGGGGGCGCUCUUGAAGAAAGUGGUAUCAAUACGGAUCAAGUUUCUAUCGUAAAAGGUUGUCCCGAAAUUGAAAGUAAGGAUAGCGCAAGCUCCUCCGAUCCAGACGAGAGCGAAGAUGAUGUUGAUGAUGCCGACUUCAAAGAUGGCAGUAACAGUGCACCUGAGUCAGAACCGUCAGACAGCGAUGUCGCCGAGGAUGAAAAAGUGGGCCUUCUACAAGAAGCUCAAGAAUACGCCGCGUCUGCUGAAUUUAAUGAACCACCAGAGCCCAAUACUCAAGAGGAUCCCGAAAGAGGAUUGGAUGAUGAGGAGCUGACACAUAAAGAAUCAGUGAGCAAGCAUGCUUCUCCCACUCCACCAACAGUUCUUUCAGAUAUUGAUCGGUUUUAUAGAUUCAACGAGCGUUCGAGUGAUCGUGGUACCAACAAAUCCACUCAGAUGCUAAAAAACUGGGGACCUCAACUUUCGAAGAUGCGUCCAAAGGGCCUCCUGAAUCACGGUGUUACAUGUUACACAAAUGCAGCUGUUCAAGCCAUGAUCCACGUCCCUGCCAUUCAGCACUACCUCUUUGACGUAUUAGCUGGUAAGUAUAAGUCUACUGUGAACUCACAGUCUGUCACGCAGGUGUUUGCAGAGACUACCAAGAGGAUGUGGUCGCCCGACUCUUCUAAAUGUCAAUUUAUCAACCCAAAGAAGUUGAUUUCAAGAUUAGACGAUAUCAACUGUAUGAUGAGCGAAUGGCAACAGGAGGAUUCCCACGAGUAUUUUAUGUCACUGAUGUCUAGGCUACAGGAGGAUGGUGUUCCACGUGGUCAUAAAUUGACAGAGAGUAUUAUAUAUGACAUCUUUGGUGGUAUGCUUCGGCAAGAGGUUACUUGUAAAAGCUGCGGGGAGGUGUCCAAGACCGAGCAACCCAUAUAUGACCUUUCGUUACAUUUGAAAGGUAAGAAAACCGUGGAAAGCAGCGCCAGUGGAAAGUCUGAAGCAGACCAAGAUGGGCAGGCUCACCGUCGUUUUUCGAUUGAGAAGUCUAUCAGAGAUUUUUUUAAUCCCGAGUUAAUCAGAGCCGACAAGGCCACAAAGGAGGGCUAUGUUUGUGAAAAAUGUCACAAGACCACAAAUGCUUUGAAGCACAACUUUAUUUUAAGAGCACCUGAAACGUUGCUAGUGCACUUAAAAAAGUUCCGAUUCAACGGUACAUCAUCUUCUAAAAUGAAGCAAGCGGUCUCCUAUCCUAUGUUUUUGGACUUGACGGAAUUUUGUGAGGACCCCAAUAAUGCGAUCCCUGUCAAAUAUCAGUUAGUCAGCGUUGUGGUUCACGAGGGUAGAUCCCUUUCGUCGGGCCAUUACAUUGCUCAUUGCAAACAACCAGACGGCUCGUGGGCUACCUACGACGAUGAGUAUAUCAACAAAAUUACUGAGAGACAGAUGUUGAAAGAACCCGGUGCGUAUUACCUAAUAUACACGCGUCUCACUCAUAAGAGUGUGCCACUUGGUUUGUCUACGAGAACAACGGACCAAGAAAGCACAACCCACAGCACACAUUCCAACAAAAAGAAGAGAAAAAACAGGGACAAGAAUAACAAAUCCAAGAAACGGCGUUUUAAUCAUUAA